AUGCAAAAUAAAUCAAAUAUUUAUACAAUAAACAAUGCUGCGCCACCUUCAUACGCAGAGGCAACAGGAACAUCUGCAUUAGAGACACACAAUCCACAAUUUGACCAAAGAUAUCCACAUAUGGUAGUCUAUUCACCAUCAAUGUCGUUUCCGUAUUCGUACUCGCCGAAUUGUUAUCUGGACAGAACACCUGUUCAAUCAGUUCACCCACAAUAUGAUUUGCCGGAAUGGCAAAGGCAAUCAACUAGCACAAAUUACAACAGAACAUUAAUAACAAAAACUAAAUAUGAGAAACGUUGCAGGAAAAUUAUUGCAGUGCUUAUAGUGUCAAUAUGUGUUGUCACAUUUUUGGGGGUUGUUUAUGUAGGUGUACAUUCUUAA